AUGCCAGAGUUAUGGUAUAAACUUCUUGAUACCUUCAAGACUUUACCACUGACUACAGAGAGUUUAAAAUUCAUUGAAUCUUUUGCAGUCACUAAAGAACAACAAUCAAAGGAUAUUGAAUGGUGGAAGAUGAUUUUAGAGGAUUAUUUACAGAGAGCAUCUAUUCAUGAGCAACCUUUCAUUCGUGCAGCUGCUUGUGAUUGCUUUGCAAGUAUGCCACAAGAGACAUUUGAAUUAUUUCAUUAUCGUCAUCAAAGAUUAAUCAUCACUUUACUACUGUCACUUGUUGUAGAUGAAAAUAUACAUGUAAAAGGAGCAGCAUGUAGAGCACUCGGGAUAUUUAUCUUAUUUCCUUCUUUAAGAGAAGAUCCUAUGUUUGUAUCAGAUAUGGCAAAAUCAAUUUUAUCACAAAAAGAAGAUAAAGCUAUCCUUGUUCGUAUCAGAGCGAGUUGGGCCAUUGCCAACUUGUGUGAUGCCCUUGUUUUAGAAAGUGAAAAGUCGGAUUUCAAUUUACGUGAAUACAUGUCAACUACAGAAUGGAUUGAUCUCUUAUCUAUCGUCACCACAGGAGCAGUAGAUAAUGAAAAAUUGCGUUCAAAUGCAGUACGAGCUAUUGGUAGUUUGUUAAGAAUAACACCAAAAGAAUAUUUUGAGAAUACACGUAUGAUGUCCUUAGUUCGAAAUGCAAUUAUGCAAGGACUUGUUAAGAACAUUGAAGCGGGUACUUCAUUAAAGAUACGUUGGAAUGCAUCACAUGCAGCAAGCAAUAUGCUGUUGAAUCCUUAUUUCCCUAUAGGUGACAUCUAUCCUUGGACAAAUCCACUUUAUCAAGCCUUAAUCAAAGCUUUGUUGCAUUGUAAGAAUUUUAAAGUCAGAAUUAAUGCAUGUUUAGCUUUAACGACACCUAAAAAGAAAUCAGAUUAUGGAAACCAAUUGCCUAUUAUUGUAGAAAGUAUUUUAGAAGCUUGGAAGAUAUGUCAAGAGAAUCAUGGAUAUAAAGAAGUUAAAUAUAAAGAACAAUUUGAACAUCAAGUAAGAAACUAUCUAUGCGCACACACACAUAAAUAA